UUCUUCUCUCAUAAUAGAUCACAUCACCACAAGCUGCUUCCUUCCUUCUACUUCCGCUUCCGAACCUUUUCAAUUCACGCUGCUUACUUUGGCUGCUGCACCAGCUUCAAAAUUCCCUAUUCCUUAUCGCAUAAACCCCUUACUCGGUUCUGGAAAAAUAUCCGUACUAUCGAAGAAAGUGAGCUUGGACGACCAUACAUACAUGGGGGCCAGCAAUGACCCGACCCAAGACGGAUUGGACGAGCAGCAGAAGCGGUCGGAGAUCUACACCUACGAAGCACCAUGGCACAUCUACGCCAUGAACUGGAGUGUCCGUCGCGAUAAGAAGUACCGCUUGGCCAUAGCCAGCUUGUUGGAGCAGUACCCCAACAGGGUCGAAAUUGUUCAGCUUGACGACACUAACGGGGAGAUUCGAUCCGACCCUAACCUCUCCUUCGAGCACCCUUACCCUCCCACCAAAGCCAUAUUCAUUCCUGAUAAGGAGUGCCAGAGGCCGGACCUCCUCGCCACCUCUAGCGACUUUCUCCGAAUCUGGCGCCUGUCCGACCCGGAAGAAAACCCGACGCCGCGGGUGGAGCUCAAGAGCUUCCUUAAUGGGAACAAGAACAGCGAUUACUGUGAACCUCUCACCUCUUUCGAUUGGAACGAGGUGGAGCCUAAGCGAAUCGGCACUUCUAGCAUUGACACCACCUGUACCAUCUGGGAUAUUGAGAAGGAGACGGUGGACACGCAGCUUAUCGCUCACGACAAGGAGGUUUACGACAUCGCUUGGGGUGGUGUGGGUGUCUUCGCCUCCGUCUCUGCCGACGGCUCCGUUAGGGUUUUCGACUUGCGGGACAAAGAACAUUCGACUAUCAUCUAUGAGAGCUCGGAGCCGGAUACCCCCUUGGUUCGACUCGGCUGGAACAAGCAGGACCCAAGGUACAUGGCCACCAUCAUCAUGGACAGUGCCAAGGUUGUCGUCCUCGACAUUCGUUUCCCGACGCUUCCUGUGGUUGAGUUGCAGAGGCAUCAAGCCAGCGUGAAUGCCAUUGCUUGGGCUCCUCACAGUUCUUGCCAUAUCUGCACUGCAGGGGAUGACUCUCAGGCUCUGAUAUGGGAUCUUUCCUCAAUGGGCCAGCCAAUGGAAGGCGGGUUGGAUCCUAUUCUUGCAUACACCGCCGGGGCGGAGAUUGAGCAGCUUCAAUGGUCUUCAUCUCAGCCUGACUGGGUUGCGAUUGCUUUUUCCACCAAGCUUCAGAUUCUUAGGGUAUAAAGGAUUGGUAUUUUCGUUCACCCAAUUGUUACACAAAGUAAAAGUGCUGGACAUGGUAUCUGGCUUCUGCCACUGAACAUGCAUGGUGGAUUUCAGGUUUAUAGUUUUACUUCCUCUUGUAAACAUGCUCCUGCCCUAUUUGGAUGAUACUGAUGACGUUUUGUCUCCGCUGUUCUGGCAAUUGCAUGGAGUGUGAAUCAUCAUGUCCGUUAUCAUUUAGGUCCCCCAACUCUCUUGUUCGAAAUUUUGAUCAUUUUUUCUUCAGUUCAGUGACUUUUAUGCUAGUGCCUUCAGGCUACUGGCCUUCCCUUGUUUGUUUUGCCCAUUAAACCUGCUAACUCGAAAGAAUUAGUGCAAUGCAAAUGAUGGUUUUAGAAAUGAAAUGAUUCAUGCACAAUCUCAUACAUGGAUGUACCCGGGUUCAAUUUUUGAGGGAAAGACCAUUUGAUACUACUGACAGGGAAAUCACUGAGGAUUGUUUACUGUGAAGGUACGAUUUGGAAUUUAAACGAAGAGCAAAGUAGGCUUCGCGGUGUAUUGAUAGUAAAAGCUUGAUCCCUGUUUUCCCUUUUGAUCUACAUAUGAUUUCGGCUAUGAUAUUUACGUUAUCAAACGUUGCUUUUACAAUGUGCAGGGUUCUUUCACUAGUUAUGUGGUUGUCCUAUAUGUCGGUCUUCACCUUUUUGGCAUCAGUAAAUUAAAUUUGGUCAUUGGAAACCACUCCAAUUUUUUUCUCUCUCUUGGACAUUUUGUUUGGUGCCAGUUGUAUAACUUUUUUUUUUCUAGCUUCAAAGAGAAUGAAUAUGGUGGAAAGUAUUACUAUUCAGUGAGAUAAUCAUGAGUUUGGCUAACCUCACCUACUUGUAGAAAGUCUCUUUUCUCUUAAAUCAUGCUCUUCGUCGUGGGGAGCCUUGUCUUGCGAUCAAUCUAGGCGCACCGUGAUAAACGAAACUUGCAAUAGACCGAGUAUGAGACAGGAUGGUCUAUUAUACUAUUUAUCUUCAAAAGUAGAGAGAAAAAGCAUUAGGAGAUGGGCAUCGGUAGUGAAUUUUCAACCUGAGAUCUGAUAAAAAUCUGUUGUUUCCUGGUUCCAUGUGUCUCUAUUUCCAUUUCACUCAGAGAUUGAGACUAAUAAUAAAUGAAGAAGUAAAAAUAUAAUUGGUAAAUUAAGCAUCAAAUCCAAAGCAUAUUACGUUGGCAAUGAUUGUUCAAUUAUUACUGAUUAAAAGGUGCGUACAGCCUUUAAGCCAGCAACGUAGCAUUCCAGAGUAAAAAGGAGUGAGUAUGAAGCGUAUAAAUAUGGUCUUGUAUAAAUAAUUAGAUGUUGAUGAUUUUGUUAUUUUGCCCAGUCUAGUACUUACAAGGAACCUGCAUCCGGAGUGUACUUCUCCGGAUUUUAUGAAGGCAGUCUAGUCAUGUUGGCAAAUGACGUCCUUGAUUGGGAUGCUCGGGUGACAAAUCAUGCAUAGCUUUAAUUCGCUUCAGAGGACGUCCGUGACAGUAUCUUCUGGGUGACACAAUAUUGCCAGAUGAUGCUUUCACGUUCCACCAUUCUGGUCCACCUAAAGUCGUCGCCAUUUUUUGUGCAGCUAGACGUGUGUCUGAAUCAGGACCUGGGAGUCAGAACAAGAACGCAAGCUUGUUACAUGAGUCGUGAGUGGGAACUAAGUUAGCAGUAAAGGGGAUCCACUUAUGUCGGUGAAUCAAUGCUGAUGAAUGAACUGUCAUUUAUCAAAGAUCAAAUUUGUGGUGAACAAAUGGAAGAAGAAGAUCGCAUUGGCGGCUGCUUGCCCUUCUAGAUGGGGAGGGCCAAAAUUUAUCGCAUGCACUACAAAAAUGAUCAAACAAAUCUCCUGAAAGAAGAAUCAUCGGAUCUCACUUCUAUUUUAUGCUGCAUGAAUGGUGGUUGAAAGCUUGACUUGUCAAAAUGGUAAUAUUCCUCUUCGGGAGGAUCUGGAUAUGAAGGUGUUGGAUAACAAGGGAGUGCUACUUCGCAAGGCUGGGCAAUGUUACAGUACUGAGGGUGAAUUUUGAUGUUACUAUGUGGGUGCAUACUCGGAUGAACCAUGAAAUCAACUUGUGGCUGAACAGUGAAAUCCACUUCAGGACGAGAGUUCUGCAUGCUUUCCAACUUUUAAAAGCCUUUUUGUCAAGAUUUGCGGAUUCACGUUGCCUAACACGGUUACCCUAGGCUGCAAAGGGUCUAUAUCCAUCUUCAGAAAACCUAACAAUGUGAAUCAUAACAGUCAGCACCUAAAGAGCCAGAAGACAUGUAAUAAGUUUAAGCUCGUAUGUUCUGGCGUUCAAGUGAGGGUACAAAGUGGAACAAAGAAAAAAUAAAGAGAAACCGAAGUAAGUAGAUGAGUUUAAAGAGAGAGGAUCAGCACCUUUAAGUCUACUUCCUUUGCUAUGUUCCUGAUCAGUAAGGGUCCAGGAGGGCCCAAAGGGAGGUAGGAAAUGUAAAAUUAGGAAGCUUUCUGGGGUAGUCUACCUCUUGCAGUGGCCACCCUAUUUUAUACGCAGCAGAAAAACAGAGGAACAGUGCUGAACAUAAUGUGUACAUUUGCUUUUCAAUAUUAUAAAGUAUUUGCAUGCACCUUCUCUAAUUUUGUUCCAACGAAAAAUCAUUUUGGGACAGCUCUGACCAAAGCUUAACCUUCAGAUAUUCACAAGUUUUUCCCCCUCAACCUUUCCUUUGUGCAAUUCGCUACAUAUUGUUAGUUGUAACUUCAGAAGUACUUUAAAUUUACUGUUCAGCACUUGUAGCAUUCAGCACUCGUAACAUUGUUUUUGCUGCAGAAGUAGAAAGUUGGUUUUACUAUGACCUUAAACAUUAA